AUGAUUUUGGACAUUAAUCGUGGAAUUCAUGAUCAGCAACUCUACAAUCUUCCAACAGCGAAUGAAUUCGCUACAGUUUUUGUAGGUGAGAAUAGUGAAGUUCCAACAUAUCAACAUAUUGCUAUUCAUCCACGUGGUCAAGAUCCUCAAACUAUUUCAAUCUUAUAUCCUCAUUGUGAUUCAAUGACUUAUUCUCUUCUAUUUCCUCGCGGAGAUAAAGGAUGGUAUUCAGAAUUGGAAAAAAUUGAUCAAUCACGAAAUCGAAAACGAGUGUCAAUGCUUCAAUUUUAUAGUUAUCGAUUGGCUAUUCGUCAAAAUUUCAGUGCCAUCCACUAUGAAGGAAAAUUAUUCCAGCAAUAUAUUGUCGAUGCUUAUGUCAAAACCGAACAAAAUCGACCUGCAUUCCAUCGACAAAAUCAAAAGACUCUUCGAGGGCAUGAUUGUGCUAACAUUAAAUUACAACGAUCAAUUCAAAAAGGUGCUGCUGUCGCUCAAGAAACUUUGGAACUGGAUGAAAUUAAAGCACAUCUCGAUACAAGAUAUGUAAGCACACCUGAAGCUGCAUGGAGACUUUUUGAAUUUGCACUACAUGACAAAUCUCAUGGUGUUAUUCGAUUAGCCGUUCAUCUACCAAAUCAGUAG